UUGACGCGAACAGCGGCAGUCUGAGAGCGGAGUGGAGCUGAUCGGAGCGGCGUGCAGGGCUCUGCGGGGAUCGAUCAGCGGCUCAUUGAUCACCGAUCGGAUCUACUUCUCACAUUUUUCCCCGGUGUGUGUUUUUGUUUAUACCUGCUCGUGCGUCGACAUGGCCGUGACCGAAGCCGGAUGUGAUCUGACUUACUGCAAGAUGAGGGGGAUCGUAGCCGUUCUGACCGCUUUCAUCAAGGAGAGGAAAAUGGGUCUGAAUGACUUCAUCCAGAAGCUGGUGUCCACUCCACAUAUCUGCCAACAUGCUGAAGUCAACAACUUCCUGAAGAUAGACGAGAACCAGAACGAGGAGGACUCUGAAACCGAUCAGCUUCCUGAUAGUCGGUGAGAACACAACGUCUCCUCGAUGUGUCCGUCCUUUCUUUUUAGCCCUCGAAGUUCCCUGGCUGAGGACACUCAGAUCAAACCCUGAUUUGACUACCUGAAAAUCAUCGGUAAAGGCAGCUUUGGGAAGGUCCUGCUGGCUCGGCACAAGGAGUCCACCAAAUACUACGCUGUCAAAGUGCUGCAGAAGAAAAUCAUCCUGAAGAAGAAAGAGCAAAAGCAUAUCAUGGCUGAGCGCAGCGUGCUGAUGAAGAACAUCAAACAUCCCUUCCUGGUGGGGCUGCACUACUCCUUCCAGACCACCGACAAGCUGUACUUCGUGCUGGACUACGUCAACGGUGGAGAGCUGUUCUACCACCUCCAGAGAGAGAGGAUCUUCCUGGAGCCCAGAGCUCGGUUCUACGCCGCCGAGAUCGCAAGUGCACUUGGCUACCUGCACUCUCUGCACAUUGUGUACAGGGACCUGAAGCCUGAGAACAUCCUGUUGGACUCUCAGGGCCACAUCGUCCUGACAGACUUUGGCCUCUGCAAGGAAGGUCUGGAGCCCACUGGGACCACCACCACCUUCUGUGGGACACCAGAGUAUCUGGCUCCUGAGGUUCUCCAGAAGCAGGCGUACGAUCGCACCGUGGACUGGUGGUGUCUGGGAUCGGUGCUCUACGAGAUGCUCUACGGACUGCCCCCGUUCUACAGCCGUAACACCGCUGAGAUGUACAACAACAUCCUCCACAAGUCCCCGGUGCUGAAGCCCAACGUGUCCAACGCCGGCAGGGAGCUGCUGGAAGGGCUGCUGCAGAAGGACCGGACCAAGAGGCUGGGGGUCAAGGACGACUUUCUGGAGCUCAAGUAUCAUUCCUUCUUCUCUCCCAUCAACUGGGACGACCUGAUGGCCAAGAAGAUCACACCUCCAUUCAUCCCCUCAGUGAGUGGUCCCACUGAUCUCCGACACUUCGAUCCAGAGUUCACCCACCUGCCGGUUUCCUCCUCUCUGUGCACCGACACCCUGACGGUGACCAGCAGCAUCAAGGAGGCGGCUGGAGCUUUUCCCGGCUUCUCCUACGGACCUCCGGCGGACCACUCCUUCAUGUGAACGCCUUCAUCCUGUCAGAACAACAACAUGAACAGGACUAGGGCACUGGUUGGUCUGGACACAUGGACCACAGCGGAGCAGCCUGUCGAUGAAUGAGAGGAUCUAACAGCUUAGAGGGAGCUCAUGUACAGACAGAGGACUCUCAUGUUUCAACACCGCCGGCGCUACACUUCUGCCUCAACCAUCCACAACUACAAAACAUGUGUGCCAAGUCUGGAUGCAGCGUGGGGUCAGGAAACAUGGCUCACAGCUGCCGGCAGAGCGACGCCAGGAGGAAGUGCCUGAGGUUCAAAAGGCAGUUUGGACGGCAGCAGCAGCAGCGUUGGCAGGAGCCAGAUUUAUCAAAAAAAGAAGUAAAAAAAACACAAAACCUGUUUCCGUUGUUUGGACUUUUGACCAGAGCGCUAGCCGUUACGGGUGAUGCCUUCAUGUUCAAGCUGUUUGUGUGUUUUUGUUAAAGUUCGAUGCAUUUUGUUUUUGCUCGAUUGCACUUGAGGAAACGAGGGUCAGAGAAGUGAAACAUUUUGCUUCAAGCAUCAACAACUUUGGAUUAGACCGCUGCAUAUCUUUCCACUUUAUCUCAUAUCUCCUGUUUGGACAAAAGAACAACGGCAUGUCAGUACAGGGGGUCCUCCACUUUUCGACGUUUCUCUAAGUCGGAACUCCAGCGAAAAUGUAAUCAAAAUCGUUAUGUGCAUCACGAUAUCUGUCAGUUCUGAUGAAAAGUCAUGAAUACCAAUGACUUUCAUGCAUGGUUGAGUCAUUUUACGAGACUUGGCUCCGAAGCACUGCCAUCAGAAGAGUCUGAUUUAUGCUUGGGAGCCAUAAUGAAGGGCAAAAAGUUAGUGAAUGUAGCACAAUCCAAGGUGGAGUACAACCAGAGAAUGGAAACAAAGCCGUCUGAUCGCGCUGCGUGACGUCGUAAGCUUGUUUCAUGCUUGACGCGUCCCUGAGAUCCGUGCAGACGAAUUCUUCUCAAGCGGAAAAUUUUCGCAUCAUGCACCUCCAAAUUUUUCCAACAGUGCAGACGGAGACAUGCAGAAAACUGGUGGAAGAACAGGAGUAGAAGUUCAGAAAUCCAGGCAUUUAUACGAUUCAUCACUGUGGUAACCGGGUUAUGGACAGAUUCAUGGCGUGAAAUUAAAACUAACUGCUGAAUGCAACUAUUCGGUAAAAUCCCAUGUUGUAAGAGGUGUAAUCGAUGGCAAACUUCUUCUACUCUAGUUUAGUACCGUGGUAGACGUGUGUUUGCGAGUUUGGGAGCAGACGCCACACGGAGUUCUCUCUAGCGGAUUUCCAAGCGUCACAUUUGUGCGGAAAGCAUAGCCCAGCCUGUAUUCAUUCACUCGACGCAUUUUCUGCUCCAACUAGUUCCAUGUAACCAGUUCCAACCUAAAGACGAACCACUGUACGUCAUAAAUUGAGGACUGGCCAGUAACUAGUUCCAACGUAACUUCGAAACUCCGUGCAUCAUAAACCAAGUAUUCGUCCAUGAGCAGUUCUGACGUAACGACCAAACUCCAUAAGUCAUAAACCAAGGACUCGCCUGUAACCAGUUCUGACAUAACAACGAAACGCCGUAUGUCGAGGACGUCGUACACCGAGGACCCCCUGUAAUCUACGCUACUAGUGACACUCGGACCAAAACUCACUUUAUUUUGACCUGUUUGUCCUCGUAAACUGAAAAUCAAACUUUACUGUACUGUGUAGAAAAAAAAGUUACACAUAUUUUAUUGUAUUUUAGUAACCGCAAACAUUCACUGUUUACUCUUAAGAAGGUUCUGCGUUUAGUGUAAAUAAGUUCUAAAUGUUUCCUCAUGUAUGUAUAUACGUUUAAAUACAUUUAUGGAACUUAGAUUUCAUCUAUGGCAAUAAAUUUAUUUUUUCUUGUCGUCUAACUGCUAGUUCAUCUUUAUCUGCUGUUAGCAAACUUGAUGUAGGAGUUCUCGGACUGAUCCGGAGAGUGCAACAGUUCAACCAGCAAUAAUUGGCCCACGUCAGUGAUAGCACAUCCAGCCUGUAUAUCCAUCUGAUUUAAAUUAAAGUGAUUGCUGUUUUAUUGCAAGCACUCCAGAAAAGACUCUAGAUAAAUGAUUACAGAAGUCUGUGUGUGUUCAUGCAUCAUGUAGAGAAGAACUGUGAAUGUCUCGUGCCUGUCCAAGGCGGCCUGAUCCGUGUUUAUUGUACAUAUCGCUCUUCCCCAAACCUCCUGGUCCUUUUUCUAGAAGGUAAUCUGUAAAAUAAAGUGCUUCGGUGAGGAACCACUAGGUGGAGCAGUUUAGCCGCUGUCCUGCUGCGUUGUACGGUUCUGGAAAGUGCAAUAAAAUGUUAAGACGGAAAGAAUAAUUAAAGUAAUUCAUGCUCUGAUGUUCAUUAAAUUAUUAAGAGAGGAUUGUCUUUGUUUUGCUGCAUCGUGUCUCAGAAAAACAACAGUAAAUAAAUGAAUUUUCCAGCCUGCUGAAAGCUUAAAGAAAACAACAACAUAACACACAGUUCUAAUCGUUUUCUUCCACAUUUGGAAGCGUUCAUUUUCUGUUUUGUAUUUUUUAUGUGUAUUUAUUUUCAUGCCACUGCUACUGUAUGAAUAAGAAAUUCUACACGAUCAUCUGAAAUACUGAACUGUAAUCUGUGUCAGAAAUGACAAAUAAAAUCUCUAAAAUCA